AUGGAGGCUGAUACCGUCGGGCGGCUGCGGCGGGAGGCGGCGGAGUACUACCGAGACCACCGAGUGCCGCAGCGAAUGGAGGAGGCGCUCAACGCCCUCUUCCCGCUGCGCCCCGCAGACCUCUACGGGGAUUUGGCUAACUUCUUCUCUAAAUUUUCAAAAGCUCCAGUCAUAUGCAAACUGGCUGGAAGAAAAGUUCUUGAUGGAGUUGGUCAACCAACAUUAGAAGUGGAAAUAUAUUGCACAGUGAAAAACCACGAGAAGAGGAUUUGUUCUGCUAUAAUUUCUUCUCAUUAUCAAAUACCUGAGAAUGCUUUAUCUGAAACAACCAAAGCUGGUGAGAAAGAAAGAAAUGACUCUGUUACCACUGCUGUGGAAUGGGUGAAUGAAUCACUAAACACAAUGUUAAGAGACUUGAAGCCUACUGACCAAUGUGAAAUUGAUAAGAUGCUUGGUGAAUACUUUUCAAAAAAGGAAGAAGAAAAAAAAGAAAUUGAGAAGGAGGAAGAAGACGACGACACUCUUUCCAUAACUUCUUGCGCUCCAUUGGCAGUGGCACAAUCUGGGCAAAAAAAGGAAGCAAAAACAGGGAAGAAGUCAAAUAUAGAGACAACAAUCCCACCUGCAGAACCCAGUGAAUCAGUGCUCUGUGGCAGCUUAGCCAUUGGGGGAACAUCACUCGCUAUAGCUAAGGCUGGUGCCUCUAUUAAUCGUAUCCCAUUGUACUUACACAUUGCACUGCUGAAAUGCAGUCAGGAUUCACCUAAAGAAAUGACUCUGCCACUUCCAAUGGUUACUCUGUUGAGCUGUGAAAAAUUUUCACCUUUAAAACUAAAAUUAGUGAAAGAAGUUAUGCUCAUACCACCAGUUCAGUUAUCGCUCAAACAGGGCAUAGAAAGAGCUCUGGACAUUCAGAAAGAAAUGAUGAGACUGCUGGAGCCUGCAGAGAAAGUGCCCAGUCCUCAACUAGCAGACAGUAAGAAAGGCAGAGCACGAAACAAAGAGAAGAAAGCUUCGCCACCAGCCCUAAAAAGAGUAUCACACUUAGGCUGCCUAAUAACGGGAUGUGAUAAUCUAGAGCAACCUCUCCUCCUAAUGCAAACAGCUUGCAACAAUAUAGGUCUGGAGCUAGGAACAGAUAUGUAUUUAGCAAUUAAUUGUGCUGCUCAUGAAUUAAUGGACUACGUGAAAGGAAAAUAUGAAAUACUUACUGGAACAUUCAGAAGUCCUGAUGAAAUGGUCGACACGUACGUGGAACUGGUUAAUAAAUUUCCUUCUAUUAUUGCCUUAGUAGAUCCCUUAAGGAAAGAGGACAGACAACAAUGGAAUAACUUGUGUUGUGCUCUUGGUUCCAAAUGUUACCUGAUUGCUGAAGAUGCUGCCACAAACACUUCCAAACUUAAAACAGACCAGAACAUAAACAUACCUAUGUGCAGUGGUGUUGUCCUAAAAUAUGUUAAUCAAACCAAGGUAUCAGACCUCGUCAAACUGACUGGACGUCUAGAUGGUCAAAGACGUAUUACCAUAUUAGGAAGUCCAGAUGGAGAAUCUUCUGAUGAUAGCCUUGUGGAUCUGGCUGUUGGACUGGGUGCCAGGUUUGUCAAGUUGGGAGGUCUUUCCCGCGGAGAAAGGGUGACCAAAUACAACCGCCUUCUUGCUAUAGAGGAAGAACUGGCCAAGAAUAGAACGCUACGGUACGAUGAAAAUUUUGAAUUUACCGAUUUUGCUGAAGAAUUACAGCCAGAAAAACAACAGCAUGAAGUCCUUCCUCCCCCACAGCUGGAAUCAGUGCCUUCACAGCUCUCUGUGCCAGCCCUGCAGGGUCACAACGUGCCUGCUCAGCUCCUGGAGAGCAGCACACUGACCUAGGUCGCCCAAAAUAACUGUCAGGAGACCAUUGCUUUCAGCUGAACCCAAGUUAACUGAACACUGACUGCAGUUUGAAAACACCGCAAAAUUCUAUGCUGUAUUUACAAACUGACAAAACAAGUACCUCUGUGUUAACUUCAAAACUAAAUGUUUGUUUUGAGAAAGAUCUCUCUCCACACAAAGAGCAAGCUAUUGACAAACAGUAAAAAAAAAAAAAAAAAGAAUUUACAAAAAACAAAGGCCUUGACUGUUAUGCUGCUCCUUCCCCCCCCACACCCCUCAAUGCUGCUCUUAGAUCUGGCCUACAAGGGAAAUGUUGCUCCAGUUCUAGCGAGCUAUCAAUACAAGUACAUCAGUGCAAACUCCAAAUGUAGGGCACAAAGCUGUAAUGUGCAUCACUAGGAAGCUCACUUCAGAUUGAAGCAAGGAAUAACAAGUCAACUUCACAAGGUCUGGGAAACUUGUCAGUAGUCUUUUUAAUAAGCAACAGUGAAAAGAUAAAUAAUUUAUCUUGUAGGUAACGAAGAGUUCACAUAAAAGAAGUAUUUUUUUUUUAACUUCUGUUUUUUUUUUAAAUUUGAAAAUUUGAACAUAUAUAAUACAGCAGUAAUAAUUCAAGGAAAAAUACACAUAUAAAACAUUGCAUUUUGUAUUCAGUGUAACAGAUACGUAAGUGAAAAAUUAACCACCAAAACCACCACUACCCUCCAGAAAGCAAAGUAUCAAAUAAGAAGAGACAAAUUUCCCCAGG